CCAGUGGCUUGUGAGAAGUAUGUGGGGCAUAAUGAAAUUCAUCGCUGCUCUACUGCUUACGACCACCCUAGUGGUUUCAGAAUUCACGACAACUACUCCUCCAGAGCUUAUUCCAGGUAAAAAUUCCUGCAAUGGCGUGUGCAACCAGGCCAUCGAGUAUUGUUCUUGUGAGGCCUCGUGCUCUUUAAACAACAACUGCUGCCUUGACUUCUGCUCAUACUGCUAUGAAGUGAAUGCUGACUUUUGUGAUUCCACAACUGACAAUGGGAUACCUGGAUUUAACAUUUGCAUGGGUCAAUGCGGCAGAACAUCAGGCCCCUGCUCAUGUCACCCCUCCUGUGCUGAGAGUGGUAACUGCUGCCCCACCUUCUGUGACUUCUGUUCUUACAUGGACACAGGAUAUUGCCAGGUGCCAACAUCAGUAACAGAUCCAGGCUCCUGCAAUGGUCUUUGCUAUGGAAGCACUGGGAGUUGUUCCUGUGACUCCUCUUGCGUUGAUAAUGGCAACUGCUGCCCAGACUUCUGCUAUUAUUGCCAAAGUCUUAGUUAUGGUUUCUGCCAGUUUGUAAUUACCACAACAACAGCAUUCACAACUACAACUACAGCUGGAUUUAACAUGUGCAUGGGUCAAUGUGGCAGAACAUCAGGACCCUGCUCAUGUGACCCCUCCUGUGUUGAGAGUGGUAACUGCUGCUCCACCUUCUGUGACUUCUGCUCUUACAUGGACACAGGAUAUUGCCAGGUGCUAACACCAGUAACAGCGUACUUAAAUGAUAUAUUCAUUCCACUUUCAACAAUAGGUUACACAUCCCAAGGAGGAGGAGAUUCUUGUAAUGGCCUUUGCUCUUCGUUUGCUGCAGACUGCUCAUGUGAAUAUUCCUGUGUCAAUAAUGGCAACUGCUGUCCUGACUUUUGUGACUUUUGUUCUUAUGUUAAUUUUGGAUAUUGUGAGCAGUCAACUUCCGCAGCAAUGAUUUCAACAGUUCCUACUAUAGGUUACACAGCCCAGGGAGGAGGAGAUUCUUGUAAUGGCCUUUGCUCUUCUUUUGCUUCAAACUGCUCAUGCGAAUAUUCCUGUGGCUACAACGACAACUGCUGCCCUGACUUCUGUGACUUUUGUCCCUAUGUUAACUUUGGUUAUUGUGAGCAGUCAACUGUCAUACCAUCCCCCACUUUAGGUAUGUUGUUUUUUUACAGGAUUAGAGAACCAAAUAUUUCAGAUUUAAAGUUAAAUUCUGAACUGUAAUCAAUAAAUAUACUU